AUGGACAUGGCGACGGCGGCCUACGCCUGGUUUGGCGUGCUCGAGGCCAAGACCGCGGGCCGGAGCAUCCCCCUGGGGGUGGCACAGGACGCGGAGGGCAACAUCACGGAGGACCCCUCCAAGGUCCUGGACGGCGGCGCCAUCCGCGUGUUUGACGGCUCCCACAAAGGCAGCAACCUGGCGCUGAUGGUGGAGCUGCUGGCGGGGCCGCUGGUGGGCGCGGCGGUGGCGGACAAGCUGGAGGCGAAGAACUGGGGCAACCUGGUGCUGGCAGUGGACCCCGAGCUGCUGGGGGACAGGGACGCCAUACGCGCACGCACGCAGGCCGUCCUCGACCGCGUGAAGGCGGCCCCGACGCUGCCCGGGGUGGACGAGAUACUGCUGCCCGGGGAGAGGGGCGCGCGCGUCGCGGCGCAGCGGCUGACGAGCGGCAUGAUCCCCGUGGAGCCAAACCUGUACAGGGGCCUGAAGCUCGCCGCCUCCAAGGCCGCCUCGUCCAACGGCGCCGCCGCGGCCGCCAACGGCGCCGCGAACGGCGCGGCGCGCCCCGCGGCGCCGCGCUACAAGCUCUCGACGCUGCUGCUGCACCCGGAGCCAGGCAGCGUCACCGACCCCUACGGGGCCAGCGGCCCGCCCCUCUACCAGACCGCCACCUUUGCCCAGCCCGGCGCGACCGAAUUCGGGCCCUAUGACUACACCAGGUCGGGCAACCCCACCCGCACUAUGCUGGAGGAGCAGUGGGCUGCGCUCGAGGGCGCCGACCGCGCGUUUGCCUUUACCAGCGGCAUGGCCGCGAUCGCCGUCGUCACGCGGCUCGUCGCGGCGGGGGGCCACAUCGUGGCGGGGGAUGACAUCUAUGGCGGCACGAGCCGGCUGCUGGCUAACGUAGUGCCCGCGUGCGGGGUGGACGUCACAAACGUGGACAUGACGGACUUGAGUGCCGUGCGGUCCGCCAUGAUCCCGGGCAGGACCAAGCUCGUCAUCGUGGAGUCACCCACAAACCCCCGCAUGCAGGUUUGCGACAUCCGGGCCAUCGUGUCGGCCGCGCAUGCCGCGGGGGCCCUCGUGGUCGUCGACAACAGCUUCAUGACGCCGCUCUUCCAGCGGCCGCUCGACCUGGGUGCUGACAUCAGCAUGACGAGCGGCACCAAGUACAUCGGCGGCCACGGGGACACCACGCUGGGCAUGCUGGCAACGCGGGACCCCGAGCUGGGCAAGAGGGUCUACUUCUUGCAGAACUCCGAGGGCGCGGGCCUGGCCCCCAUGGACUGCUGGCUCGCCCUCCGCGGCCUUAAGACCAUGGCCCUACGCCUGGAGCGCGCCGCCGCCAACGCCGCCAAGAUGGCGGACUGGCUGGCGGCCCACCCUCUGGUGACGCGCAUCAACUACGCGGGCCUCCAGGGCACGCCGGGCGCGGAGCUGCACCGGGCGCAGGCGAGCAGCGGCGGCGCGGUGCUGAGCUUCACGACGGGGGACGUGGAGGUGUCCAAGGCGAUCGUGGAGGAGACCAAGCUCUUCAAGGUCACCGUGUCCUUUGGCAACGUGGUUUCGCUCAUCAGCCUGCCGUGCUACAUGAGCCACGCCUCGAUCCCUGCCGAGGUGCGCGCCGCGCGCGGCCUGCCCGACGACCUCGUGAGGAUCGCCUGCGGCAUAGAGGACGUUGACGAUCUGAUCUCAGAUCUCGGGCAGGCGAUGGAGAAGGCCGCACGGCUCGCAAAGCCGGCCGCGGCGGGCACCGGGAACGGCAGCGGGAACGGCGGCGGGAACGGUGUCAGCGACGCGGCGGCGGAGCGGGAGGCUGCGCUGCUGGCGCGGAUCGCGGCGCUGGAGGCGCGGCUCGAUGCGCAGGGUGCGGGGCGGUGA